AUGUGCGCUGAACGAAUUGCCGAUUUUAAACGAAUCCCAUCGAUGAUCCGUUGCAGUCAUCUGGAUGCUAUCAUUAUUUUUUAUCAUAUCAGUAGCUUACGACAGUUUGAAAGCAUUCAUCAGAUGUGGGUUCCAACUGUAAGACGUCUCUAUCAUAGUACACCGUUCAUUAUUUGCGCAACGGGAAUCGAAGCACGUCUACCACGUGAUGUCCGUCAAUUGCUAUUCCGAAAACAGCUUGGUGAUGUUGAAGUUGAUACAACGAUAAAAUCACCGUACAAACCAAGAAAUCAGUUUAAAAAAACGGAUAACAAAGAUCCACGAACAUUCGAAAGCUUAAUUACAACAAAAGUCGGCCAAAGUUUAGCUACGGAGCUAAAAGCCUCCUAUUAUUGCGAAGUGUCCACUAAAACCUAUGAAGGAAUUGAGGAUCUAUUCAAUGAUGUUUUAGCCGCAAUUAUAUCUUCGCAACGAUCCAAAAUUUGUUUGACGCGUAAUCGAGUUGGAAGGCCGCGACCAAAGGAUGCUUGUGGUAUUAUGUGAAUAGUCAGAAGUGAAUGCAAAUAGAAAGAAUGUGUUACUAAAAACAUAAAUUCAUUAAUUCAAGUAUUCACAUAAGUAGUAAGAACAAAUAAAAGCUAG